UCGUGAUAAUUCUUCCUGAACAUUCUGAGUUGUGGUUAUCUUCAUUCAUUUUCAAGUGUUUCUUGAUUCCUUCAGAAACUUGGGGAGUCAACUUCCACGAUAUCAAAGUAUCCUGAUAAAUAAAAGAAAUGUCGAUACAGAACUUCUUCAAGCGUUAUCUGCCAGUAGUUAAAGCCGACGAGGGAGAGGAAGAGGAAUUAGUGGAUCCACAGACAGUCCUUCGGGAGGAAUGCAGUCAACUACCGAAAUGCGUCAAUUUCAAAGAGAAGUUAGACACGUGCAACAAUCGUGUUAAUUCAAGAUCUCAUACAGAGGAAACAUGUGUAGAGGAGAUUUUGGAUUAUGUCCAAUGCGUAGAUCAUUGCGUCGCGAAGACUCUGUUCAAUAAACUCAAAUAACUGCACAAUAUUUCCAUAAAAAGCUAAACUUGUUUGCAAUGUUAAA